GACGUCAACGGGAGUUCGACUUCAGUCAGCCGCCGGUGGUCACAGAGAUCAUGUGGCUGCAAUGUAUCACCGUUACUGUACUGAUCGCCGCGACUUGCUCCCGCGAAGUUUUCACCAACUCCUUUCUGGUGCGAUUCAAGAGGUCCCUUCGUCACGAGGAGGCCCACAAUAUCGCCCUUCAUCAUGGCUUCGACAAUCUUGGCCCGGUCCUAGGCUCUGAUACAGAAUGGCACUUUUCGCAUCGUGGGCUACCACACGCCCGCACUCGACGAUCCAUCGCCCAUGCCCGAUUAUUAAAACGUCACCCUCUUGUCCACGCUGCAGUACAGCAAACAGGAUUUAAGCGGGUCAAACGCGGCUACCGGCCACUACGCUUACCGGAAAUAGAACCUGCUGCAGAUCCUCGCGAUCCUUAUUUUCCUCUUCAAUGGUACUUGAAGAACACAGGACAGAAUGGUGGCAAGCCCAAGCUGGACCUCAACGUUGAGGCUGCGUGGGAGCAGGGAUACACCGGCAUUGAUGUCACCACUGCUAUUAUGGAUGACGGUGUUGACUACAUGCACCCGGAUCUAAAAUAUAACUAUAACGCGGAGGCCUCAUAUGACUUCAGUAGCAACGACCCGUUCCCUUAUCCAAGAUACACUGAUGAUUGGUUUAACAGCCAUGGAACCAGGUGCGCAGGGGAGGUAGCCGCAGCUCGUGACAACGGGGUGUGCGGCGUGGGCGUGGCAUACCAUUCUAAAGUUGCCGGUAUAAGAAUGUUGGAUCAACCCUACAUGACCGAUUUGAUAGAAGCAAACUCUAUGGGGCACGAACCAAAUAAAAUACACAUCUACAGCGCUUCGUGGGGACCCACAGAUGACGGCAGAACUGUUGACGGACCCAGGAAUGCCACCAUGAGGGCUAUAGUUAGAGGAGUCAAUGAGGGUCGGAACGGGCUGGGCAAUAUUUACGUGUGGGCAAGUGGUGAUGGCGGUGAAGAUGAUGACUGUAACUGUGAUGGUUACGCGGCCUCAAUGUGGACAGUUUCUAUAAAUAGUGCGAUCAACGACGGCCAGAACGCCCACUACGACGAGUCUUGCUCCUCAACCCUCGCUAGUACCUUCAGCAACGGAGCUAGAGACCCCAACACUGGUGUAGCGACCACUGACCUGUACGGAAAGUGCACCGCCACGCAUUCAGGCACUUCCGCCGCGGCACCGGAAGCAGCAGGAGUUUUUGCAUUGGCUCUACACGCUAACGCGAACCUCACAUGGCGUGACAUUCAACAUCUAACGGUAUUGACGUCUAAAAGGAACUCAUUGUAUGACGCAAAGGGUCGUUUUCAUUGGACAAUGAACGGCGUGGGACUAGAGUUCAACCAUCUGUUUGGUUUUGGAGUGCUCGACGCAGGUGCCAUGACGGCUUUAGCAGCGAACUGGCGAUCCGUGCCCCCUCGCUAUCAUUGCGAAGCUGGCUCUGUUAAAACGCAUACUGAAAUACCGACAGAUGGCAGUGUGACCCUACGCAUCGAGACCACGGCGUGUUCCGAGUCGGCUAGUGAAGUACGAUACUUGGAACACGUUCAGGCGGUCGUUAGUGCUAAUGCUUCGCGACGUGGUGACCUCGAAUUCUUCUUAACAAGUCCAAUGGGAACUAGAUCAAUGAUACUAAGCAGGCGUUCAAAUGACGAUGACAUGCGAGAUGGUUUCGUCAAGUGGCCUUUCAUGACGACACACACCUGGGGAGAGUAUCCACAAGGCACUUGGACUUUAGAAGCUCGAUUCAACGGUGGUUCAGGACCCAGUUCAGCAUCAGGUUGGCUUCGGGGUUGGUCUUUAGUUCUUCACGGAUCCAAGGCGCCGCCCUACGCCCAGCUACAGCCCCAAGACCCAUAUUCCAAGCUAGCUGUCGUCAAGAAAGCACACGAAGACAACGCACAUACAAAAUAAGCAAUUUUUCUUAAGCAUUCCUUUUAGCUAGCACGUGAGAAAAAUGGGGCCAAUUUGUUUGAUAUUCAAAUACUUAGCCAUUGUGAAGAGGAAAUAAAUGCUUAAUUUGUUUAUAUUUUUAAAUCGUCUAGUAAAAAUCAAGUUGGUGAAUGAAGAAUUCAGCAUUACCUGUAUAUUUUGAUACGCUUUAUUUUCUUUAUAGUAACGAAGAAACCUAAAAUCUUGUCUUGUCACGUGCUAGAGCAAAAGAGAGAAUUGUACCGCAAACGUCUUUCAUUCAAAAGUUUAUCUUAACGACUCUUUAGUUACGUAAUUAUUUAAGUUUCGAAUUUAGAAUACAUGCCAAAACUUGUACUUAUUGUCCUUAUUUAUGAAAGUUUUCAUGCUUUAAUAAUUUUAUAUUUUAAGAUAUAAAAAAAAUAUUUUUAUUCACGCAUUUGUGAAAAGCUAAACAUUACAAAUAUCAUUUCAAUAUAGUAUUUGUAAUUCAUACGGGUUUAUUACAAUCGAUCUAGUGAUACAAAGCAAUUUUGAUUUCACCUCACAAGGCAAACACAAGGAAAACAAUAUCAGUAUUACAACUAUUUAGCAUUAUAUUGAUUGAAGAUAGCUUCGUAAAUGACCUUUUUCUCUAUUAUAUAUUUCAUUCAUAUUAAAAAACUAAAUAACAUAUCACACUAUGAUAUAUCCAAUCUUUAAUAAACAAAAAUAUAGAAUCUGUUAUGCAUAAAUCUUUUGUUUUAUAACUACAGUCAACUGUUAUAACGACAUCGAAGGGACUACUCAUAUUUGGUC